AUGCGGGUCAUGUGAGGGCCACAUUUCUGUCUGUAUGCUUCCACUAAGACUGCAAUAUAAUUGUUGCUGGAUUAUGAUGCUCAAAUGCCACCUUUCAAUAUAUGUACCAUACAUAUUUCAUAUUUUUCCCAGCUCAAGGGAUUAGGUAUGUUACUUUAUAUUUUUGUUAAAAAAUUACUCACACACGUUUAUCUGUCUGAUACCACAAAGACUGCUAGUGUAGAUGACUUUCUCUGGAUUUAGGAUGCUUGGAAUUACACCAAAUGUCACCGUUCAAUGUAUGCAUUGAAUACAUAUUUUAUAUAUUCCCCAGGUCAAGGGAAUAUGGAUGUUAUGCUCUAUUUUAGCAUAAUAAAAUCUGAACAUGGUAACUAACACUUUUAUUCUUUCUUUGUCUCUCACUGUUUCUCUUGUACAGUUUCUCUAUCUGUCCAUCUCUCUUGAGACCUACAGCUGUAGCUGCUCCUAGUAGAUGUUCACUUUAUAACACUAAAAUAACCAUAAACCACAUAGUUUUGUGCUGAUCAGAAGAUUUAGAAAAUAACUUUACCAACAAGCUAAAGACAUGGAUUCUCUCUCUGUCUCUCCUACAGGUCUCCAGUGAUGGCCGGAGGUCUCUUUGCCGUCAACCGCCAGUGGUUCUGGGAGCUGGGUGGCUACGACACUGGCUUGGAGAUAUGGGGCGGAGAGCAGUACGAGAUAUCGUUCAAGGUGAGCAAAUUUUUUUCCGAUAAUAGCGUUUCCCAAUCAUACAUUUCUCUUACCAAUGUUCUCAAGACUGGAACAAGUCUUAUCAUUCAAGCAUUUCAAGAGGUUCAUACAGCACUGUAGAGAAACUGAAAUAUGUUGUGAGACCAAGGUUGCUAGUCUUACUCAUGAGGGCUAAGUUCGUCUUUCUGUCUACACCAGGGGUAGGCAACUAGAUUCAGCCGCGGGCCGAUUUCAGUCGGAGCGGCUGGUCGUGUGGCCUAAUCAAAUCAAAUCAAGCUUUAUUUAAACAGCACAUUUCAGACAGGAAAAAAAUUAUUAAAACAAUUAAAAUAACUGAAAUAUUUACUACACAAAGAGGAUAAAAAACUAAAGAAUAACAAUAAAAAUGUAAUGACUAAAAAGCACCCUAAGGACAAGCAAAGCUAAAAAGGUGUGUUUUAAAAUCUCUUAAAUAUGUCCACAGUUUUGGCCCUCCUCAGGUUCUCUGGCAGGCUAUUCCAGAGGCUGGGGGCAUAGUAACUAAAGGCUGCCUCUCCAUGCCUCUUGGUCCUAGGCUUUGGGAUAGUUAAAAGGCCAGUGCCAGAGGACCUGAGGGACCUACUGGGUACAUAACUUAAAAGCAUGUCUGACGUGUAUUGGGGUGCACAAUCGUGGAUUGAUUUAAAAACCAAUAGACGAAUAUUAAAAUUAAUGUUAAAACUCACAUGCAGCCAGUGCAGAGACCUUAAAACCGGUGUAAUGUGUGCUCUCUGUCUGGUGUUGGUCAGUACCUGUGCUGCAGCAUUAUGUAUGUUUUGCAGUUGACCAAUGGCUUUCUUGGGUAAACCAGACAGGAGAGCAUUACAGUAGUCAAGCCUGCUUGUAAUAAAAGCAUGGAUGAGUCUCUCUGUAUCAGCCUGAGAGAGAAAUGGCCACACCUUGGCAAUGUUCCUCAGGUGUUAAAAAGCUAUUUUGGUCACAUUCCUAAUGUGUCAUUCGAAAUUGAGUUCAGAAUCUAAAAUAACACCUAGGUUUUUUACCUGGUGUUUUAUCUUUAUUGCCCGUGAAUUAAAAUGUGCGUCCAGAUUCUCUCUCUGUGCUUUGGCUCCAACAAUAAGAACCUCGGUCUUGUCUUGAUUUAGCUGGAGGAAGUUGUGAGCCAUCCAAGUAUUUCAAUCACUAAUACAGUCUAAUAAUUUAUCUAUGAAGCUCAAAUCUUCUGGUGACACAGAAAUUUAAAGUUGUGUAUCGUCUGCGUAGCAGUUAAAAUCAAUGCUGGGCUUUCUGAUAACCCUGCCAAGGGGUAACAUAUACUGUAUAAACUGAACAGUACCGGACCCAAUAUCGAACCUCGUGGAACGCCACAUGUGAUAUGUAUUUUCUCUGAGUUUUGUUCACCAAGGGUGACAAAAAACUCUUGACCGGUUAAAUAGGUCCUAAACCAAUUUAGAACUGGAGCGGAGAGGCCAACCCACAUCUCCAGUCUUUUCAGAAGGACAUCAUGGUCAACCGUGUCGAAUGCAGCACUUAAAUCCAAGAGUACAAGGACAGAGAGCUGUUUGGCAUCUGUGUUGGCUCUAAGAUCAUUUACCACUUUAACUAAGGCUGUCUCUGUGCUGUGGUGGGCACGAAAACCAGAUUGGAAUUUUUCAAAAAUACAGUUGGCACUUAAAAAAUGUAUUUAGCCUUUUGAAAACCAAUUUCUCCAACAUUUUGCUUAAGAAUGGAAGGUUGGAGAUUGGCCAAAAAUUGCUAAAAGCUGAAGAAUCUAGAUUACUUUUCUUCAGAAGGGGUUUCACCAUAGCAGUUUUUAGUGCAGUGUAGAAAGUGCCUGUAAACAGGGAGUGAUUAACAAUAGCUUGCACUUCUUCAGAUAUGCAAUUAAAAACUGUUUUGAAGAAGGUGGUGGGGAUAGGAUCGAGAAGGCAGGUAGAAGGCUUAAGUUGUGAUAUCACUUUCCAGAGCAUGUCUGUGUCAACCAGGGGACAAAAAUCCAUAGUGCCUUUGUGUGGUAGGCUAGGGUACAUAUCAUCAAGCUUCUCAUCAGGUCUUGCUUGACUGAUACCCAGCCUAAUGUUUGCUAUCUUAUCUAUGAAAUAUGCCACAAACUCAUCACAUUUAGAUGUAGAGGAAAGUUCACAUACUGUAGGUUUGCGGGGGUAGGAUUUAUCACGCCGUCAAUGGUGUCGAGCAGAGCACACUCAAAUUAUUCUGAUUAUUAGUGAUCAAGUUCGAAAAAUGAGCCCGUCUGGUAUUUGUCACGGACAGAAGAGGACCCAAGAGCGCAAGUUCAAAUUCAGAGUUCUUUAUUGAAGGUUUCAGGCGGGAAGAGGAGUGCCAGGGGUGUCAGGGGUUCCAGGGGUGCUUGGGGCUCUGGGGUUUUUCAGGGUCCUGUGGGUACCUGUGCUCCGGGGGUCACCAAAUGUCCGGGGGUGUCCAGUCCAAGUGCUUAGUGUGUGUGUUCCCCAGUGAUGGAGCGGCGUAUCGGGCUGAGGGUGGUGAAGCGUCUGGGCACGCUCAUCUGGUGGUCGGAGACCUGGGGGAACACACACACAACAGCAAUAUGAAUGGCAGGCAGAAGUACAGAUCAGGGCUGGGCAAAUAUCGUGGUGAGAGACAGAAGGCAGAAUCGAGUUACCGGAGGGGCUGAAGAUCGGAGAGUAGUCGAGGUCCAGAAGGCAGGUCGGGAUAGACGGGGCAGUAGAACAAGGAGGCAGUCAAGAAAGGAUCGGUAUCACAAACAGGAGUCAGAGCGCAGACAGGCAGGUUACUGGUCCGGGUUUGAAGACGAUCUGACAGGGCUUGGCUGAAAAACAGGGCUUGAUAUACUGGGAGAGGUUAGUGGGGAAAUGCAGUUCAGCUGGCAGAGUAAUUAGAACAGAGUGAGGCAAGGUGAGGAUGGUGAGUGGGAAAUGCAGUGCAGCUGGCCAGGUAACAAGAGCAGAGCAGGGCGGAGCCAGGUGGAGCUCGUUAGGCAGAGUAGGGAGAGAGUGAGCAGAGUGGCAGAGAAUUGAAUGCAAUUAAUGUUGCUACCAGGGAGAGAGAGUGCUCAUGACAGGACCCCCCCUCCAAGGGACGGCCCCAGAAGUCCCAAGAACAACAUCAUGCCGGGAGGGUGGAGGGGAGCAGGCGGCGGGUCAGAACUCCUCCGAGCGGUCCGAGUGAAUCUCCUCAUCCUCAGAAGGAGCUGGAGGGUCACGGUCGGGAGACAGGACAGGCACUGAGACAGGAGCAGGGUCAGGCACAGGACAGGAAGCAGGGCGGGCAGGACGGCUAGGAACCCCUCUUGGACGGCCCCUACGGAUUGCAGGCUGAUCAGGAUGUAGUCGGUGGAAGUCAGUGAUAAGGGUCCGGUCCACUAUCCUCCUGGCCGGGAUCCAGGUCCUCUCCUCUGGACCAUAUCCCUCCCAGUCAACGAGGUACUGGAGACCCCUACCCCUUCGCCUAGAGCGGAGCAGCCGCCGGACGGUGAAGACAGGACCGCCAUCUACGAGGCGCGGAGGAGGUGGCGCCGGAGCUGCAGGGACCAGGGGACUUUCAUGGACCGGCUUGACCUUGGAGACGUGGAAGGUGGGGUGGACCCGCAUGGAAGCGGGCAACUGAAGUCGGACCGCCGUUGGACUGAUGACUUUCUGCACAGGAAAAGGACCAAUGAAGCGAGGGGCCAGCUUACGUGAUUCAACCCGCAGCGGCAGAUCCCGGGCAGACAGCCAGACCUUCUGACCAACCCGGUAAGUAGGUGCUGGGGUCCUCCGUCGGUUGGCACCGACGGCGUAGCUGGUUCCAGACUUCAGGAGCACAGUGCGAGCCUGGGUCCAAGUGCGGCGGCAGCGGCGGGCAUACGCAAGAGCAGACGGACAGGUGGCAUCCGCCUCCUGGCUGGCAAACAGUGGAGGUUGAUACCCGUAGACACACUGAAAGGGGGAGAGCCCGGUGGAGGAACUGGUGAGUGAAUUAUGGGCAUAUUCCACCCAGAGCAGGUGUUGAGCCCAGGCCCGGGGAUUUUGGGAAGCCACACACCUCAGUGCCUUCUCCAGCUCCUGGUUCAUGCGUUCAGUCUGGCCGUUUGACUGCGGGUGGAAUCCAGACGAUAGGCUGGCGGUGGCCCCAAGGAGAUGACAGAACUCCUUCCAAAAGGUUGCUGAGAAUUGCGGGCCCCGGUCUGACACUAUAUCCUGGGGUAGGCCAUGGAUACGAAACACAUGUUCCAGGACCACCUGGGAGGUCUCUUUAGCAGAGGGUAGUUUGGGAAGGGGCACGAAGUGGGUCAUCUUACUAAAGCGGUCAACAAUGGUAAGGAUGACUGUGUGUCCGUCAGAGGGCGGAAGGCCCGUAACAAAGUCCAGUGAAACGUGGGACCAGGGCCUCUUGGGUAUGAGUAGGGGUUGCAGCAACCCAGCAGGAGGCUGGUUGGGGGUCUUGUUUCGGUUACAAGUGGGACAAGCUCGGAUGAAUUCUCGGACAUCCCGUCUCAUCCGCCGCCACCAGAACCGCUGGCGGACCAGAUGAAGGGUGCGAGUGAUGCCGGGAUGACAGGCCAGACGGGAUUCGUGCCCCCACUGAAUCACAGGUGACCUGAGAUUUGCUGGAACAAACAGACGGUUGGGGGCGCUGGUGCUUGGACCUGGCUGGUCCCGAAGAGCCUCCAUGACCUGCUUCUCGAUCUCCCAGGUGAGGGCCGCUACGACCAAGUGGCUGGGAAGAAUGGGGGCUGUCAUGGCGGUGGUCUCGUCCUUCUGAAACAUCCGGGAAAGAGCAUCAGGUUUGAUGUUGCGAGAUCCCGGGCGGUAGGAGAGCGUGAAAUUGAAGCGCGUAAAGAACAGAGACCACCGCUGUUGACGGGAGUUCAGCCUCCUGGCUGUUUGGAUAUACUCCAGGUUCUUGUGGUCUGUCCACACUACGAAUGGUUCCUUUGACCCCUCUAACCAGUGCCGCCAUUCUUCAAGGGCGAGCUUGACAGCCAACAGCUCGCGGUUCCCAAUGUCGUAGUUGCAUUCGGCAGGGGUUAGCCGACGGGAGUAGAAGGCACAGGGGUGCAUCUUGCCAUCCUCAGCUGCUCUUUGAGAAAGCACUGCACCCACUCCCACGUCCGAAGCAUCUACCUCCACCACAAACUGCCUUGCUGCAUCUGGCAUCUGGAGGAUGGGAGCAGAAGUGAAACAUGUCUUGAGGAUAUUGAAGGCCUUAUCAGCAGCUGAUGUCCAUUGGUACGGUUGUUUAGUGCUGGUUAGCGCCGUGAGGGGUGCAGCCACUGUGCUAUAGUUUCUGAUGAAUCUCCUAUAAAAGUUGGCAAAGCCCAGGAACUGUUGCAACUUUUUCCGAGACUCAGGAACUGGCCAGGAAGUGACAGCCGACACCUUCGUGAGAUCCAUCUGAAUGCUGCCCUCGGUCACCACAUACCCCAGGAAUGAAACGGUUUUGGCAUGGAACUCGCACUUCUCUGCCUUCACGAAAAGAGAGUUCUCCAGCAGGCGGCGCAGGACCAACUGGACGUGGUGCGUGUGUUCUGACAGAGUCUUUGAGAAUAUUAAAAUAUCGUCAAGGUACACAAAUACGAACGUAUUUAGCAUGUCCCUGAGGAUAUCAUUCACUAGGGCUUGAAAAACUGCUGGGGCAUUGGUGAGGCCGAAGGGCAUGACGAGAUAUUCAUAGUGGCCGGUUGGUGUGUUGAACGCUGUCUUCCAUUCGUCUCCCUCCCUCAUCCGCACCAGAUGGUAGGCAUUGCGAAGGUCCAGCCUUGUGAAUACAGUGGCUCCCUGCAGCAGUUCGAAGGCAGACGAAAGUAAGGGCAGUGGGUAGCGAUUCUUAACCGUGAUGUCGUUCAGACCCCGGUAAUCUAUGCAUGGACGAAGAGAACCGUCCUUCUUGCCGACAAAGAAGAAUCCCGCUCCUGCGGGGGAAGAUGACGGUCUAAUUAUCCCGGCGGCAAGAGAGUCAUUAAUGUAGUCCUCCAUGGCCUUUCUUUCCGGGGCUGACAGUGAAUACAGACGACCCUUGGGAGGUGCUGUGCCAGGCAGGAGAUCAAUCGCGCAGUCAUAGGGUCUGUGUGGGGGUAGAGAUGUCGCCUUGGAUUUGUUGAACACCUCUUUCAGGCUGUGGUAACAGGCCGGAACAUUGGAUAUGUCGGAGGUAGCGCUAGAUCUUUCCCGGUGAACGGGCAGGGUGGCCCCCCUUAAACAGGUCUGGUGACAACUCCUUCCCCACUCACGGACUGUUCCUGUCUCCCAGUCGAUGUGGGGGUUGUGCUGACGGAGCCACGGGUAUCCAAGAAUGAGUGGUUGGCCAGGUGAGUGUAGGAGGUGAAACUGGAUGGACUCCUGGUGGUUUCCUGACAGCAGGAUUGUCACAGGGGCGGAGAUAUGAGUGACAGUGCCAAGAUGAUGCCCAUCCAGGGCUCGUGCAGGAAUGGGUUGUGUCAGUUGAUGAUGGUUCACGCCCAGUUGCUGUGCAAGCUCAGGGUCCAUGAUGUUUGCUUCGGCUCCGGAAUCCACAAGGGCGGCCAAUGUAUGAGUCUUGUCAGAAAGCUGAAGGCGGAGAUGAAGCAGGGUCUUUCGGAUGGAGGGAGACUGAAGGCUUGUUGAGCUCACCCGGAUCUCCCCUACACCUGGUGAGCUGCGGCUUUUGCCGGACAAGUGGCGACACGGUGAUUCUCGCCACCACAGUAGAGGCAAAGGUUGGAGCUUAGACGGCGCCGACGCUCCUCGGGAGUCAGAGAGGCACGGCCAAUCUCCAUGGGCUCAGGCUGACUGAGUUGGCUAUGGGACUUGACAGGCAGGGGCUGGACAGAAGCGGUAUCGACCCGAGUGCGGAUGGCAGGUUGACUGAGACGGCCCUUCUCCCUCCUCCGGGUCUGUAUACGGCGGUCAAUGCGGACGGCAAGGUCAAUGGCGGCAUCAAGCGUUGAGGGCGGGUCAUGGGAAACAAGCUCGUCUUUGAUAUAGUCCGCCAGGCUAUGGAGGAAGGCUUGCACCAGUGCCUCUGGGUUAAACGAGCUUUGACUGGCCAGGGUACGAAAGUCAAUGGAGAAGUCUGCCACUGUCCGAUUGCCCUGACGGAUGGUGAGCAGAGCUUGUGACGCUUCGGCUGUUGGCGAGCCUAGGUCAAAGACCUUUAACAUCUCCUCCUCAAAGGCACUGAAGGAGGCACAGGCUGGGGUUUGCCGGUCGAAUUCCGCCGUUCCCCACAACCGAGCUCGACCGGUGAGAUGUGUGAUGACAUACCCCACCUUGGCUCCCUCUGUUGAGAAAGUCCUGGGCUGUAGUGCAAACUGGAUUCGGCAGCUGCUCAAGAAUGGUCUUACUUGCUUCUGGUUGCCAUCAAAACGUUCCGGGUUCCCAAUCUUUGGUUCAGGAGCGUGGGGAUCUGGUGGCAGCACUGCCGGGCCUGCAGCAUUGGGACCUCCAGCGGAGGGAUGAAGGAGUGUCGGUGGUACAGGAACAGAAGGACCAGGGGGGGGUGCAGGUGGAGUAGCCGGGUUUGAGAGUAGUUGCAGGGCUUGGGCUAGCUGUUGUUGCUGCAGUUGGAACUGUUGUUGCUGCUGGUUGAAUAGCUGGAGAAGGGAAGCGAUGUCGCCAGCCAUCCGAUUUAUGUCUCCCUCAGAGCGUUCCAGUCGCUGUAUGGCAGUCAUCUCUGGCUCUUCUUCCAUCGUGGUCAGGGAGUGCGCUGGGUCCAUGAUGGUCAGAUCGUUCUGUCACGGACAGAAGAGGACCCAAGAGCGCAAGUUCAAAUUCAGAGUUCUUUAUUGAAGGUUUCAGGCGGGAAGAGGAGUGCCAGGGGUAUCAGGGGUUCCAGGGGUGCUUGGGGCUCUGGGGUUUUUCAGGGUCCUGUGGGUACCUGUGCUCCGGGGGUCACCAAAUGUCCGGGGGUGUCCAGUCCAAGUGCUUAGUGUGUGUGUUCCCCAGUGAUGGAGCGGCGUAUCGGGCUGAGGGUGGUGAAGCGUCUGGGCACGCUCAUCUGGUGGUCGGAGACCUGGGGGAACACACACACAACAGCAAUAUGAAUGGCAGGCAGAAGUACAGAUCAGGGCUGGGCAAAUAUCGUGGUGAGAGACAGAAGGCAGAAUCGAGUUACCGGAGGGGCUGAAGAUCGGAGAGUAGUCGAGGUCCAGAAGGCAGGUCGGGAUAGACGGGGCAGUAGAACAAGGAGGCAGUCAAGAAAGGAUCGGUAUCACAAACAGGAGUCAGAGCGCAGACAGGCAGGUUACUGGUCCGGGUUUGAAGACGAUCUGACAGGGCUUGGCUGAAAAACAGGGCUUGAUAUACUGGGAGAGGUUAGUGGGGAAAUGCAGUUCAGCUGGCAGAGUAAUUAGAACAGAGUGAGGCAAGGUGAGGAUGGUGAGUGGGAAAUGCAGUGCAGCUGGCCAGGUAACAAGAGCAGAGCAGGGCGGAGCCAGGUGGAGCUCGUUAGGCAGAGUAGGGAGAGAGUGAGCAGAGUGGCAGAGAAUUGAAUGCAAUUAAUGUUGCUACCAGGGAGAGAGAGUGCUCAUGACAGUAUUUCUAAUUGCGUUGUUAUAUAUGCCAAGUUGCUCUCUCAGAAUAUCAUAAUGGACCUGCAACUUUGACUUUCUCCACUUCUGCAAUUUCUCUUUAAUUGAUUAGUUUCCUCACUCAUCCAAGGGGAUCUCCAAGGGGCUCUCCAAGGGGCUCUCCAAGGGACUCUCCACUGCAAAUUGACCACAACUAAAAGCCCCAACAUAGAUUUAUUUGAAAAUAACAAUCAUUUCAUAACUUGAUUAGAUGUAGACACAAUCACAUACAGUGCAUUCGGAAAGUAUUCAGACCCCUUGACUUUUUCCACAUUUUGUUACAUUAGAGCCUUGUUCUAAAAUUGAUUUUUAAAAAUAAUAAUGAAUCAGUCUACACACAAUACCCCAUGAUGACAAAGCGAAAACGUUUUUUUUUUUAAAUUCUUGCAAAUCUAUUACAAAUACAAGACUGAAAUAUGACAUUGACAUAAGUAUUCAGACCCUUUGCUAUGAGACUCGAAAUUGAGCUCAGGUGCAUCCUGUUUCCAUUGAUCAUCCUUGAGAUGUUUCUACAACUGGAUUGGAGUCCACAUGUGGUAAAUUCAAUUGAUUGGACAUGAUUUGUCCCACAGUUGACAGUGCAUGUCAGAGCAAAAACCAAGCCAUGAGGUCGAAGGAAUUGUCCGUAGAGCUCCGAGACGGAAUUGUGUCAAGGCACAGGUCUGGGGAAGGGUACCAAAAAAUGUCUGCAGCAUUGAAGGUCCCCAAGAACACAGUGGCCUCCAUCAUUCUUAAAUGGAAGACAUUUGGAACCACCAAAACUCUUCCUAGAGCUGGCCGCCCAGCCAAACUGAGCAAUCGGGGGAGAAGGGCCUUGGUCAGGGAGGUGAGCAAGAACCCGAUGGUGACUCUGACAGAGCUCCAGAGUUCCUCUGUGGAGAUGGGAGAACCUUCCAGAAGGACAACCAUCUCUGCAGCACCCACCAAUUGUGCCUUUAUGGUAGAGUGGCCAGAUGGAAGCCACUUCUCAGUAAAAGGCACAUGACAGCCCGCUUGGAGUUUGCCAAAAGGCACCUAAAGGACUCAGACCAUGAGAAACAAGAUUCUCUGGUCUGAUGAAACCAAGAUUGAACUCUUUGGCCUGAAUGCCAAGCUUCACAUCUUGAAGAAACCUGGCAUUUCUACGGUGAAGCAUGGUGGUGGCAGCAUCAUGCAGUGGGGAUCUUUUUCAGUGGCAGGGACUGGGAGACUAGUCAGGAUCGAGGGAAAGAUGAACGGAGCAAAGUACAGAGAGAUCCUUGAUGAAAACCUGCUCCAGAGUGCUCAGGACCUCAGACUGGUGCGAAGGUUCACCUUCCAACAAGACAAAGACCCUAAACACACAGCCAAGACAACGCAGGAGUGGCUUUGUGACAAGUAUCCGAAUGUCCUUGAGUGGCCCAGCCAGAACCCAGACUUAAACCUGAUCUAAAAUCUCUGGAGAGACCUGAAAAUAGCUGUGCAGCGACGCUCCCCAUCCAACCUGACAGAGCUUGAGAGGAUCUGCAGAGAAGAAUGGAAGAAACUCCCCAAAUACAGGUGUGCCAAACUUGUAGCGUCAUACCCAAGACGACUCGAGGCUGUAAUCGCUGCCAAAGGUGCUUCAACAAAGUACUGAGUAAAGGGUCUGCAUACUAAUGUAAAUGUCAUAUUUUUGUUUUUUAUUUUCAAUACAUUUGCAAAAAAAUUCUAAAAACCUGUUUUUUCUUUGUCAUUAUGUGGUAUUGUGUGUAGAUUGACGAGAAAAAACUAAAAUUUAAUCCAUUUUAGAAUAAGGCUGUAACGUAACAAAAUGUGGAAAAAGUCAAGGGGUCUGAAUACUUUCCAAAUACAUUGUAUCUCUUUUGUUUAUUCAUGGGAAUACUUGGUGAACAGAUUUCCUAAAUGAAACUAAUUUCUAGCUAAAUUUCUGGUGAUUUUAGAUUUUUUUUUAACCAAAAACGAAAACCCCUCCUCCAAAAUAUAUAAUAAUACAUAUAUAUUUUUUAAUCACUCGCGGGCUGGUUUUGGCCCGCGGGCCGCGUGUUGUCUGUUGCCGACCCCUGGUCUAUACUAUCCACUUCUAUCUAUGCUGAGGUGCUUCCAUUUAGCCCUUAUCGGCACUGUGUGUAACACCACAUAUAAAUGCCACUAAUCUCUGAUUCAAUAUGACAGGAUAUGAUACAAUAUAAAUAAUAUUUACUAAUAGGUUAUAUGAUACAAUCAUGGUCACAUAGCAAUGUGGCUCUUCCACCUUUUUCAUCCAGUGACUGUCCCACCUUACCUUUAAUGAAUUUGAUUGGACAUAUUUAAAAUACAUAUAAAGUUGCGUCAUUCAUCUGAGCACAACAAUCCCUUAAAAGAGACAGAUGAUUUAAAACACAAUGAAGUCUACCAACCUUGCAAUGAUAUUAGAGCCUAGACAGUCAUGGACCCAUAACAAUGUGGUUCUUUCGUCCAUUCUUUUCCAUCCUGUCCCACCGUACCCCUGCCUCAGUCUCCAGACAGGUCAAUCAGCUCCCAGACAACUUUAUUAAACUGGAACGACUUUCACCCAGGAGAAUUGCUCUCGCUCUGUUCUCCAGUGUUUUAUUUCCCCCACCUGCUCCAGUACAAUACAUUCCUCAGAACCCAGCAUCCCAAAAUAAUGUUUGUGUGUUUGUGUGUGUGUGUGUGUGUGUGUGUGCCCGUGUGUCCGCAACCGUGUGCGCACAUGUGUGUGUGUGUGUGUGUGUGUUAGAGCGUUACAAGGAGUAGUUCAGGCUUUAGCCUCCUUCCCGAACUAAUUAAUUGGCUUGUUUGCGGCUCAGAGGUGAUUCCAUUUUGAUAUCCGGAGGAGAACACAGUAUAUGGAUGUGAGGGAGCAUUGUGUUUAUUGUUCCUGAUAUACCUGCCAUCAUACCGGGUCUCAAUAUACUCUCUCUCUCUCGCUUUUUCUCUUUCUCUCUCUCUCUCUCUCUCUCUCUCUCUCUCUCUCUCUCUCUCUCUCUCUCUAUCGCUCUCGUUCUGUCAGUGAGUGCACUUUGUAAUUGGAAUGCAGCCCUUUCUUCCUUGACUGGAAACCAUGGCAACGAUAAAAAUAGUUCCCAAGCAAGAUUGCAAUAAGUCUUCUUACAGAGGUGGGAGUGGGGUUCAGACAUUUGUGUUAAUCUGUGUGUUAUUUGAGUCAUUGGUGUUAUUUUGCAUUGAGAAUUCAGAAGUGUACAAUAAGCACACAAAUCAAGCAGAAGUGUAAUUAUUACACGGUUGCGCCCCCAUCUGUCUAAAUGUUAAAAGCUAUGGUUCAGAGUGGUCUGGUCCAGUUACUUAGGGGAGAGGGGGUAAGGAGAGCCAUUUUAUACAUUCAGCAUCAUUCUGUCUGUGAAAUAUAGUAUUAUUUCUAACAAAUACAUCUACAUAUAUUUCAGGAUGUUGUAUAUCCCUGGAAAUAAUCAGAAUUAAUGUAAACAUUACAGUUUUGAAAAUAUAGCAAUGCCGCCUACACAUUUCUGUACAUUUUUAAAACCAUCUUUAUUUCCCAAACACAGUUCAACAUAAUCACAAUUGCUUUUUGGUCUUUUAAUAAUUUAAAGCAUAUUUUAACACAGGCUUAACACCUAACAAACACUUUGUAUUUUUUUAAACACUUUUAACAUCAGCCAGGCCCUGUUGUUGCCUCAUAUCCCACCAAUAAUUCCUUGUAUUACGCUUGGGAAGAAAAUACUUCAAUUUGCUCAACUUGCCAUUGGCUCAACCAUUGGCUCAACUUACCCCAAGGCAAAUAUUUUGACUAUAUUAGCCCACACAGCUACAAGGAUGCACUUUCAGGCUAGGUUUAGGACCUCAUAUUGAAGCUUAUAGAGACCCCAACUAAUGUAUAGAACACUUCAAAUGAUCUACUUUGGUUUAGAUACACGCAUCAUGAAACCUCUAACACAAUAAAUUCAUUUGACUUUUUGGACCUAACCUGCUUACCACUUUUUCCAUGUGGUUUCUUCCUUCACAGACUCCAUGAAAUGAUGACCUCUCCCGAAAUAUUUGGUCAAAUGAUUAAUUUUGUGUAUGGCUUCUUAGAAACAAGGGUGGCUCAACUUACCCCUUUGGCUUAACUUACCCCACUUUCCCCUACUGCCACUGAAUAUGGAUGUCUGACAGUUAGCCUAUAUAUGGUAGAUGUUAGACUGACAAUCUAUUGACACUGGUUGUGUCUCACAUUGAAGAGAUAUCAUCAAAGCAUCUCAAGGUAUUUUACCUCUUCCUAUGAGUUGUACGCUAAAACUAGUUACUCAUGAACACAUGGGAAUAAUUCAUAAAACCCUCAUAUUUCUGCUGAUAUGAGAGGUUAAUGAACAUCUACACUUGUCCUCUGAUGAGACCAUUUUCUGAAGACUGGAGGAAUCUCUCCACAUGUCAAUGAAGCAUGUAAAGCCAGCUUGACCAUUAACCUGAGGCUCCACAGGAAAGCACCCUGCCUCGUUUGAUAUGGCAGAGCAGGGAGAGAGGUGGAGCGCUCACACACACAGCGGGAGAGAGGAGGAGAAGCGGAGGAGAGGUGAAAUGUCCCAGGAUCCUUUCCAAACAGUCAGCAUGACCACUCUAAUUCUAAGAGGGAGAGAGGGAGGGAAAGAGGGGAGAGGAAUGAGAAAGAAUGGAGGGACAUUAAGAGAUAAAGAGAAGUAUAGGGAGGAAGAGAGAUCAAGGGAGACAGUAAGGGAGAGAGUAAGGGAGACAGUAAGGGAGAGAGCAAGGGAGGCAGUAAGGGAGGCAGUAAGGGAGAGAGCAAGAGAGGCUAUAAGGGAGGCAGUAAGAGAGAGAGCAAGGGAGGCAGUAAGGGAGAGAGCAAGGGAGGCAGUAAGGGAGACAGCAAGGGAGGCAGUAAGGGAGACAGCAAGGGAGGCAGUAAGGGAGACACCAAGGGAGAGAGAAAAGGAGGCAGUAAGGGAGAGAGCAAGGGAGACGGUAAGGGAGGAAGUAAGGGAGAGAGCAAGGGAGGCAGUAAGGGAGAUAGCAAGGGAGAGAGCAAGGGAGGCAGUAAGGGAGACAGCAAGGGAGAGAGCAAGGGAGGCAGUAAGGGAGAGAGCAAGGGAGGCAGUAAGGGAGAGAGCAAGGGAGACGGUAAGGGAGAGAGCAAGGGAGACGGUAAGGGAGGCAGUAAGGGAGAGAGCAAGGGAGACGGUAAGGGAGGCAGCAAAAGGAGUAGGUAAGGGAGAGGUCAGACGACUGAAGGGGUUCAGAGUACCACUACUGACACAUGCCCUCUUCCUUCCUCCUUCUCUCUCCCCCUGUUCUUUCUAUCUGUUCCUUUGAUGCAGGAAAAGAGGGGUAUCUAGUGGAGUGCUCUGGAAAUAGGAUUCCUUUCAGUCCCUCCGCUCAAAGAGGCUUAUAAUGUGGCCCUGCCAAGCAGACAAAGUGGGAAUCCACUUCAAGUGUGGACAGAGUGACAAUAGGUUGUCUGUAUUAGGGUCUUGCAACAAGCAGAACACGAACCCAGCUACACAGCCAUUUCAACAACAAUACCCUCACUCUGAAAAUAACUCAGUCCACAAGAACUCAGGGCUUUGAAAUCGAAAAAUACCUGUGAUUCCUUUCUGGGAAAAGAGGAAAAACAAAGAGUGGGUUCUCUUUUUUCUUUGCGGCCUUGCUGACUUUCUUUACUUCAAUGCUCACAACUAGGGUUGCAAAAUGUCGGGAACUUUCAAUACAUUCUCUGGUUUUCCAGAAUACCUGGUUGGAUGAUUCAGGAUUUCCUGUUUAUUCCCUCCUGAUUCUGGGAUUUCGGGAAAACCAGAGAAUUUAUUGAAAGUUCCAAAAUUGUGCAACCCUACUUUGCAACCCAAGUCUCCCGAGUGGCGCAGUGGUCUAAGGCACUGCAUCGCAGUGCUAGCUGUGCCACUAGAGAUCCUGGUUCGAUUCCAGGCUCUGUUGUAGCCGGCUGCGACCGGGAGACCCAUGGGGCGGUGCACAAUUGGCCCAGUGUUGUCUAGGGUAGGGGAGGGAAUGGCCGGCAGGGGAUGUAGAGCAUGGCGUUUGCAACGCCAGGGUUGUGGGUUUGAUUCUCAUGGGGGGUAUAAAAAAUAAAAAGUAAUGUAUGCAACUGUAAGUCGCUCUGGAUAAGAUGUAAAUGUACUUACAACACACAGUUGGUUGAGUUAGAAAGGUUUUGCGGCCUUGCUUAGAACACAUAGUUAAGCAGGUUGAUAGAAAGGUUUUGAAGUAAUGUACUGAGGUAUUUUUUGUGUUCCAUCUCCCUUCAGGUAUGGAUGUGUGGGGGUAGUAUGUACGACGUACCAUGCUCCCGAGUAGGACAUAUCUACAGGAAAUACGUCCCCUACAAAGUGCCGUCCGGAACAAGCCUAGCUAGAGUAAGUCAGAGUGACCAGUCAAUACACUGCUUCCAUCAACUGGUUAUGGCUAACAUGCAUACAUUUUGACUGGUUGUCUAUUCAUUAAUUGGCACAUGGCUGAUAGUCAAACUGAGGAUGUAGGUCCAGCCAUCUAUCUGAUUUAAGAUGAGGUCUGACUAACUCGCCGCACUGUGAACUGUGCUGUGAUAAGCUAAACACACAGACAUUCCAUCUCCUUACCCCAUCUCUCCCUCCCUGUCUCUCUCCCUUAUCUCAGAACCUGAAGAGGGUGGCCGAAACAUGGAUGGAUGAGUACACGGAGUUCAUCUACCAGCGGCGCCCGGAGUACCGCCACCUGUCCACCGGGGACCUGACGGCCCAGAAGGAGCUGAGGAGACACCUCAAGUGUAAGGACUUCAAGUGGUACAUGAAUGCUGUAGCCUGGGACCUGGCCAAGUACUACCCCACUGUGGAGCCGCUGCCUGCCGCCUGGGGAGAGGUAGGAAGUUAGGAAUACAUGCAGAACGACCACACACACACACAUACAAGAGCCCGCACACACACACAUACACAAACAGAAAGGCAUACAAAGGCAUAUAAAAGCAUAUGUGAUGACCUUAGAAUCCAAAAUGAAACGUCAGGUCAUGUUUUCGAGGUCCCUUACUGAGGCAUUGAUACAAAUAACAGGACUUCUCACAAUACUUAGGCGCUACAUAAACCCACUGUCGUACAUGCCACCAAUAACAGCUAAGGCUGAGCAGUAUCCACAGGCUGAUUUGGUUUCUUGUGUAUUUUUAGCUGGUAUUGUAAUGAAUGAAUCUAUUUCCAGACACCAAUACAUCAGCUAAGAGACGGUCCCUAAAUGCCUCCACAGGUGUGUCACAAAAGGCUAUUUUUCUACCAUACUGUGUCCAAAAUGGCACCCUAUUCCCUUUAUAGUGCACUGCUUUUGGCCAGAGGGUUCUGGUCCAAAAUAGUGCGCUAUAUAGGGAAUAGGGUGCCAUUUGGAACUCAUACCAUGUUCAUUGAUUUAUGAAUGUCUGGUGCUCGCUGAAACGUAAUGCGUUUCUCAUAUCGAACAGGCAGCCAGCAGCCUGGUAAUGAAAUGUUUUAGAGUAGACAAUGUCACAAAACGGACACAGCUGGACUCAAUGCAUCACUCCCCCCACAAACCAUAAGUAGCAGCUCUGCAUUGUAGUUUGUCUCUACUACUAUACAUUGUCCAUAAACAUGACAUGCAGUUUUCUGCGUCGUAUCCUGAGAUAUAUAUAUAAGGCCUCUCUGUGUUACCUGUGAAGGGAUGGGGCUGGAGAUGGCCUUGGUAUUUUAUUACUAUCACACUCAUCUGUUCUCUGACACACACACACACACACACACACACACACACACACACACACACACACACACACUAUCUCACUCUAUCUAUCUGCGCUCUGUGAGGAUGAGAUCUAGCCUCAGGCAAUCAUGCCCGUAAAUGCAGGAGCUGGAAUCAGGUAGCCUGGAAUCCACACUCGUAUGCUCAGUUGACCAUUUAAACAGUGGGGAUUCCAGGCUAAGAAUCAGGUAUUCAUGGAGAUUGUUUCCCAACCUGUGUUUUUCCAUAGGGAGGUUGGGGGCAGGAGUGUUUUUAAUCAUCACUGAUAGAUGGUUAGAUGGACCUGGAAUAUAUCAUUCACUAAUUAAUUCAUCCUAUAUGCCGGAAGGAAACCACAUCCUCCUCUCAAGCCCCUGAAACAUUUCAGAACGCUCACGGCGAACACAUUGCACGUUAAUAUGACAAAUGUAAUUAAUUUUGCGUUAGACAUAAUUGGAUUCCUUGCUCUGCCUUCUUUUAGAAAAUCUCAUUUUCUGUGUUUUUCUGACGUCCUGGCUCCUAGGUCAGGGUACUAAUUAUAAUAGGUAGAAUGGAAGACCGUCUCCACGGUGACCCACCUUUCCUGCUCUCUGCUGUUCACGUCUACAAGGCCAUUAGCACAAAUUGUACAAGCACACACACACACACACACACACACACACACACACGCACACACACACACACACACACACACGACACAAGUCCCAGCUUAUUACCGUCCCUGCUGAUUAACCACUCCUUCCGUAUAAGCCAGAGGUGAACAUGGAUAGUAAAUAAGAAAUGAAGCGGUGUAUAUCUUGAUGAGAAAAUGUUUGCACGGUAGGUCAAUAUCUCCUCAUUCCUCCCCCGUGUGAGGAUGAUAGUCAUUUUACCGUCAGGCUGACAGCUUCAUGUGCCGUCUCUUCUCUGGCUCUCACCCUGCCUGUCACCCCGCCUGUCACCCCGCUGUCACCCCGCCUGAUCUAUGGAACUAUAAAGAUCUCUCAUUGGGUAUUCAAGCCCAGAUUGCAAGACAGAGAGACAAGGGAGGAGAGGGUGAGAGAAGAGAGAGGGGGGAGACCGACAGAAAGAGAGAGAGAGAGAGAGAGAGAGAGAGAGAGAGAGAGUGUGUGUGAGAGAGAGAGAGAGAGAGAGAAGGGGAUAAGAUCAGAGGGACAAAGAGAGAGUGAGAUUGUGAGACAGACAGAGAGAAGGCGAGAGAGCUCAGAUUAAACUUCCUCUACAUCUAUGGAAGAUGACAAUCAGGGGGUCAGCCUUCUCGACACCUCAGCCUCGGAGCUGUGCAGACUGGGUAAAUAGGGGGCUGUCACUAUGCCCCCCUCCCCAACAUCCAAUCUCCCUCCCUCCCCACAACUCCACAUCACGGCUCCUUCAAUAGGUCUAAAUCACUUUAAGUGAUGCAAUCAUCAGGCCUUUUGAUUCGUCUCUAACUGUGUCUCCACAUCAGCACUGGCAUGUUGAUGGGCAUGGCAUCAGGCAUAAGCACUUUGCUCCUGGGCCCAUUUCAGACAGAUGAGGCUUGGGAAAAGUGGAGAGUGAAGGCCCAUUAUACUGUACAAUUCUGGCUCCAUUAUUGGUCUUUCAGAGCGAUCAGCAGUUUACUCCUAAUGACCGUGUGGUUAAAUGCACUUUGUCGAUGCGGGCGGCAGGCUGAGGGAGUUUGAUUAUUAGAAGUUUCUGAAUUGCAAUGCAGGUGGGUAUUAUUUAGCAUUUCCGACUCCACUUCUGCCAAAGCCUUUUACUUUAUUACACGGUAAUGCAGCUCCACGGGUGCCUGAUAGGCACAAAAGUGCAAAGUUUGUUUGCAGCAUUUAAAGGACUAAACUCUUAAUAUUGUUUGCCAUGUAAAUUACUGUAGAACUUCGCAAAAAAUAUUGGUAUUAUUGGUAUAUAUUAUCCUUUUGGAAUAGAGUCCGAUUGAAUUAGGUCUAUGUCAGGAAAACUGUGUUUCCCCUGUAUUUUCCCGUUGGCUGCAUCCUAGAGAUUAUAAGUCAUCUUAUCUCAGAGUAGAACUAUGUGUGGGUGACAAUGUGACCUUCCAGAGAUGGGGCUGCCUGUGGAAAAUUGGUGACAUCUGACCUGUACCUAAUGGAUGUUCCUGUUGUUGAAAUCACUUGUCCUGAAAUGUCACUCAUUCAUGAUGGGAAAAGGGGAGAGCCUCUCUAGUUUAGAUGCAGGACCAGCCAAAGGGACACCAAGCACUGAGGCAAGAAAUGUGCCGCCAUUUUAUAGAGAAUUUUUCUCUCAUUCCUUUAGUUUAGUUUUUGUUGCUCCAUUUUUCAUAGCUCAAGAGUUUGUAUCUCAAGUGCAUAACUCCAUAAAAGAAACAUAGGUUAUCCUGUCCCCAAAUAAAAGCCAUAAUCUGUACUCUAUUAUUAGAAAAACAUGCACAACAUUGAGGAGAGCUGACAUUGAGUUGGUAUACAUUUUUAUAAUCAACAUUUUCAGAGCCAACCAUAGCGUUGUUGUCAGACAUUCUCCACACUAACAGUCAAACAAUCACCAUCAUUUGCUACAGUCCUAGCUAAUGACUUUGGCCCCAUCUAGUGGCGAGCAGAGGAACAACGUUUAAAAGAGAAUCAACCCUAUGCAAAACACCUCCCUCUGAGUAUUCCAUCCCUGGUCUCCCUCCUGUCAAAUAAAGUGUCUCAGUCUGACCCUGUAGGACCUGCUCUCUCCAACCAUUUCUAUCUCUCUCUCUCUCUCUCUCUCUCUCUCUCUCUCUCUCUCUCUCUCUAUCUCUCUCUCAAUCUCUCUCUCUCUCUCUUUCUCUCUCUCGCGCUCCCUCACUAUCUUUCUCUCUCUCCAGCUCUAUCCAUCUCUAUAUCUCUCACACACUCUAACUCACUCUCCCCCCUCUCUCCUCCUCUGCCCUCUGUCUUCCUCCUCCUCCUCUCUCCUCUCCUCUGCCCUCGCCUCUCUCUCUCUCCUCUCCUCUGCCCUCGCCUCUCUCUCUCCUCUCCUCUGCCCUCGCCUCUCUCUCUCUCCUCUCCUCUGCCCUCUCCUCUCCUCUGCCCUCGCCUCUCUCUCUCCUCUGAAUGUGUUAGUGAGGGCCACAGAGACAGACAGAGACCAGGCUACUUUAGAUGCAGUGCUGCUGGACUCAUGCAUUAUUGAGCCAUACUGUGAAACCAGCCAAGCUCACCUGAAUGCUAUAAAGAGAAUUAGGCAAAUGAGACAGUCAAUCAAAUGUGUGUUAGAGCCAAGUAACUCUGAAACUUUAAACGUUUUCACAGUAGGGGCGCCUAUUAACUCAGGCUUUGAGGGAGAAAGAUGCUCCAGGAACGAAUUAGCUUAUCUCUUACAGUCACUGGUGAGAGUAGAUCUUGUCAGCAAACUGUGAGAGCUUUGAUACCAUGUCAGAUCAUAUGCUGUUACUUAAAACCACAUACUGUGUAUAAAAAGUUGGCUGCUUGUACUAAGUUACUGUGUACUGUCUGUUUGGAAGGUUGCCAUGGAUUCCACUCACUAUACUCUGGAGUCCUGUGAUCAGAGCGUCGAGCCUCAGAGAGAAGCUGAUGUUGAUAUCUCAUCCUGUGGUCUCUAUAUCUAUAGAUCUAUAAUGCAUGGUGCGUGUGUGUGUGCGUGCAAGUCUUCACCGAACCUCCCUUUUGCUGUUUUUGGGAGGCUUCGAAGUGUGUGUGUGUGUGUUUGGUUUUAACUGAGCUCUCUCUCUCUUUGUGUCCUUGUAGAUUCGUAACGCUGCAUCAGGUCUGUGCAUAGACUCCAAGCACGGCCCCACAGGGACAGAGCUGCGACUGGACGCCUGUCUGAAGGAGGGGGCUGAACGCACCUGGGCACACGAACAGGUAGGUACAACCAGAUCCAUAUACUGUAUAGUAGGGUGUAGUCUAUACAUUUACAUUUUAGUCAUUUAGCAGACGCUCUUAUCCAGAGCGACUUACAGUUAGUGCAUACAUUUUCAUACUGGCCCCCCAUGGGAAUUGAACCCACAACCCUGGCGUUGCAAGCGCCAUGCUCUACCAACUGAGCUACACAGGACCUAUACUAUAUUAUACUGUAUAGUAGGGUGUAGUCUAUACUAUAUUGUACUGUAUAGUAGGGUGUAGUCUAUACAGAGACCAGGCUACUUUAGAUGCAGUGCUGCUGGACUCAUGCAUUAUUGAGCCAUACUGUGAAACCAGCCAAGCUCACCUGAAUGCUAUAAAGAGAAUUAGGCAAAUGAGACAGUCAAUCAAAUGUGGUCCUCUGUAGCUCAGCUGGUAGAGCACGGCGCUUGUAACGCCAAGGUAGUGGGUUCGAUCCCCGGGACCACCCAUACACAAAAAAUGUAUGCACGCAUGACUGUAAGUCGCUUUGGAUAAAAGCGUCUGCUAAAUGGCAUAUUAUUAUUAUAUUAUUACUAUAUUAUACUGUAUAGUAGGGUGUAGUCUAUACUAUAUUAUACUGUAUAUACUGUGGCAUAUUAUUAUUAUAUUAUUACUAUAUUAUACUGUAUAGUAGGGUGUAGUCUAUACUAUAUUAUACUGUAUAGUACGGUGUAGUCUAUACUAUAUUGUACUGUAUAGUAGGGUGUAGUGUAUACUAUAUUAUACUGUAUAGUAGGGUGUAGUCUACUAUAUUGUACUGUAUAGUAGGGUGUAGUCUAUACUAUAUUAUACUGUAUAGUAGGGUGUAGUCUAUACUAUAUUAUACUGUAUAGUAGGGUGUAGUCUAUACUAUAUUAUACUGUAGUAGGGGGUAGUCUAUACUAUAUUAUACUGUAUAGUAGGGUGUAGUCUCUACUAUAUUGUACUGUAUAGUAGGGUGUAGUCUAUACUAUAUUAUACUGUAUAGUAGGGUGUAGUCUAUACUUUAUUGUACUGUAUAGUAGGGUGUAGUCUAUACUAUAUUAUACUGUAUAGUAGGGUGUAGUCUAUACUAUAUUGUACUGUAUAGUAGGGGGUAGUCUAUACUAUAUUAUACUGUAUAGUAGGGUGUAGUCUAUACUAUAUUGUACUAUAUAGUAGGGUGUAGUCUAUACUAUAUUAUACUGUAUAGUAGGGUGUAGUCUAUACUAUAUUGUACUAUAUAGUAGGGUGUAGUCUAUACUUUAUUGUACUGUACAGUAGGGUGUAGUCUAUACUAUAUUAUACUGUAUAGUAGGGUGUAGUCUGUACUAUAUUAUACUGUAUAGUAGGGUGUAGUCUAUACUAUAUUAUACUGUAUAGUAGGGUGUAGUCUAUACUAUAUUGUACUGUAUAGUAGGGGGUAGUCUAUACUAUAUUAUACUGUAUAGUAGGGGGUAGUCUAUACUAUAUUAUACUCUAUAGUAGGGGGUAGUCUAUACUAUAUUAUACUGUAUAGUAGGGUGUAGUCUAUACUAUAUUGUACUGUAUAGUAGGGGGUAGUCUAUACUAUAUUAUACUGUAUAGUACGGUGUAGUCUAUACUAUAUUAUACUGUAUGGCUCUUGGUACAGCACAUCACCGGCCUGUUAAUCAUUCAGCCAGUCAGUCAGUCAGUAAUAGUCAGGAAUGACCCCUCCAUGAGUCCGGCCUGUUAAUCAUUCAUUCAGUCAGUCAGUCAGUAACUAAUAGUCAAGAAUGACCCUUCCAUGAGUCAUACUGUAGCUGUAUGUUUUAUUUAUUUAAUCUUUAUUUAGGCAGGGAGUCCCAUUAAAGUGGCAAUCUGUGAUUGCUACAUCCAUUUUGGGACUUGAAUUAUAUGUAUCCAUUGAUACUUGAAGAAUAUAACUUGCAAAUGUUUUUGUUUGAACUGCAGAUUGCCCCUUUAAGACCAAAGUCUUUUUUGCAAGAAAUACCUUUUUGGGAGGGUACCCUGCAAAUCCUUUGAUUAAAGAUUAUCAUUGCAAUCGUUUGAUGAAAGAUUAGUCGCAACAUGCUGUCUGCAAAACAGCCCUCGCAACGCUUAGUCUCUCAAAUGAACCAUAAUAUAUGAAAUACACAGAACUACACUAAAAGGAACAUUCCACCCAAAAUCUAUAUUUUGGUAUUUGUUUCAUUAGUCCAUUGUUGAUAUAGUCCCUAAAAGUUUUGCUUGUCAGCAAUCAAGUUUUCAAGAUAUAUAACUUUCAAAAUACAGAAAUACAGCCGGUGUGAUGCAUUUUGUAUCAUUUUGCAUCAUACUGGCUGUAUUUCUGUAUUUUGAAAGUUAUGUAUCUUGAAAACAUGAUUGCUGAAAUGCAAAACAUUUUGGGACUAUAUCAACAAUGGACUAAUGAAUCAAAUACCAAAAUAUCCUUUUUGGGUGGAGUUUUCCUUUAAUACAAAACAAGUUUAGGAUACUGCAGCUGGCGAUUGCUCCAUAUGCAACACAUUUUCCUGCUGUUUACUGUUAAAUAUGAAUAGAUCAUCACUGCAUUCUUGUCCCCAUGUUCAUUCCCCUCUAAAAUGACAGUUAUUGUAUUCAAUCAUCACUGCAUUCUUGUCCCCAUGUUCAUUCCCCUCUAAAAUGACAUUUAGGGUAUUCAUACUGUUAAUCUCAUAAUUGAACUUGGAUACCAUGUUGUGCCUGUGUGUUUGUACUAUCUACAUGUUUGUACUCAGAUCUUUACAUUUGGCUGGAGAGAGGACAUCAGGCCAGGGGAUCCUCUCCACACCAGGAAGUUCUGCUUUGACUCCAUCUCCCAGAGUUCCCCUGUCACACUGUACGACUGCCACGGCAUGAAGGGCAACCAGCACUGGAGCUAUAGGAAGGUAACUUAACACAGAAUUAAAUACAAAAUGAUUAUAUUGUAUCUGUAUGUUACUUACUUACUUACUUUACUUCUGUAUUGGCUUUGUAUUACUUGUGGAACAUAAAUAAUCGAUAAACCUUACAUCUCAGAUGGAAGGUAAGGUAACAGAAAGCCUGGUAACUUAUAUACAGUAUAAUUAUUGUUAUAGCACCACAUCAAACACCUCAUCAUUCAAAUUACUACCACAGCCACAGGACAGUAGCUAAUACACACAAGUUGUUUGGUCAUUUCACUGCCACAGCAAGGCAAUCUAACUACAUUGCUUUGAUAUCAGUCCUACAGACCAGGGAAAUGUCCAUACGUAGCCACAUAAACACUGUAGUCAAGGAAAGUAGGCCUGAUGUAUUCAGUCACAACACAAUAUUAAAGUCAUCAGAUAGAAAAGAUGUACACUGUUGGUUUUUACUGCUGCGUUCCGGGUAGAGGAAAGUAAUAGGGGACUUAUUUUAUCGUCACACCACUCCCAUUUCCUCCACAUCGUUUAGGGAGGAGAGAUUCAUGUUUACUCAGUACAAAAUCAGUAUGUCAUUACAGUCCCAUCUCUCUAAGGUUCUGCCUAGAAUGACUCAAUUAGGUUCAGAGUUGCACAUAUGCUAGCCUGAGUCCCAGAUCUGUUUGUGGUGUUUGCCACCUCCAUUACUGUGGCAAGACAACACAGUCAGGUCUGGAACUCAGGCUACACAGAUGCAAUAGCCACUUAUUAAAGGGCUGAGGUGCUUGAAGCUGUGUGAACAUUGUAAAUCAGGAAGGCGGACGCAUGAGACGAACAAAAUUACUGGCAAGUACCUCUGAGGCGUUCUCCCCCUCCUCAUCUUUCUCCACUCCUCCACAACUUUAUCCCUCCCCACGGAAUCCUUUCUUCAGUUUGAAUCCAUCACUGGCUCUAUUUAAUAGUUUGCAAUCACCAUAGAUAAUCUUUCAUGGGAAGCCAGGGAUGUAUUUUUAUUUUGUGUUGUCAGUUUUCAAUGAUUCGCACUUCCUUCAAUUCCUCUUUCUUUUACAGCUGAAUUUGUUACUUUCCCCUUUCUGUCAUGCGAGGGAGGAUGAACCCAAAGAAUAUACAUUCAGAAAAGUAAUGUAAUGGUGCGUUGGAACUCUGGGUUUAAAAACUAUUGUGUGUUUAACUCAUAUUUCUCAGCCUAGUUUAACUCUCAAAUUCAGGCCCAUCUCGCCAUGAAAUGAAGUAAACUCAGAUUAGAACGGAGGGAGGAAAAACCUUGUUGCAGUCAGUUGCUCAGCUCCUCGUCUGUAAUCUGUCUGAAGGGAGUGGGAGAUGAGAGAGCAGGAUUAAACAGCAGCCUGUCUCUCUACUUAAUUUGAUUAAUUUAUCUCAAUCCUUCUUUUCCUCCCUCUCUUCUCUCUCUGCCUCCUGCUCUCUCUCUCUCUCUCUACCUCAUGCGCUCUCUCUCUGUGUCUCUUCUUUCUCGCUGUCUCUCUUGCUUUUUCUUUCUCGCUCUGUGUCUUUCUCGCACGCUCUCUCUCUCUCUCUCCCUGGGCCAACACAUACAGGAUAAAUCGCUGUACCACCUGGUGAGCAGCGGUUGCAUGGACUGCAAUCCCGGUGAUAAGAGGAUUUUCAUGAACAAGUGCGACCCUGGGUCCGAGACGCAGCAGUGGCUGUUCCAGAGAGUCAACGCCACCGUCCUAGACAAAUUCAACAGCGCUGCGGCUGCCAGCUCCUAG